AUGUCAUCAAGUUACGGUGUUUCACCUUUGGUGAGAUGGAACACUCGUGGUUUAGUUAACUUGACAUUACUGGAGACGUUUGUCGUAUUUGACUUAACGGUUUAUAUGGUUGUGCACCCUUCCCCUGGAACUAAGGUGGAGGUUGUUCGACAGAACGAAGAAACUAAUGGCUUUCUACAUAACCCAGCUUCCCUAUCGGUUGUUGGAAAUCGACACUCGAUUGACCGCAACAUUUUGUUUUGUUUUCGCAAAUUUGCAUCAAGACCCCCGUCUAACGUGUGUAAUACGCUGAAGAAGUAAGGAAUUCUUAAAUACAGAGGCGGACGUAAAAAUGGCAAAAGAACAGUCAAAGACUAUCAUCACAUCUCUCAGCCUUCAUGGACAAUUGAGCAUUGUCAAGCAAUUGAAGUUGCUGUCAUGAAAUAGGUGAGUUAAGGAAGCCGAUUACACGGAGAUGUCUAACACCCAUACCCCGCUAG